AUGCUUUUCAACAAUCUUUUGGCAGCAGCAGCUCUGGCCAGCACCGCCUUCGCGGCUCCGGCUGAGAAUCGCCAAAGCUCUAAUCGCAAGAUGAAGUGGUUCGGCAUCAACGAGUCUGGUGCUGAGUUUGGCGAGAAGAAUUUCACAGGCGUCUACGGAAAAGAGUUCACCUGGUACGACCUCAACACCAUCGACAAGUUCAUGGCCGAGGGAAUGAACAUGUUCCGUCUGAACUUUUUAAUGGAGCGCCUAACCCCCAACUCUCUCACCGGCAAAUUCGACCCCCUCUACCUAGGCAACCUAACCGAGCAAGUAAAUCACAUCACAUCCAAAGGCUCCUACGCCAUGAUUCAACCCCACAACUACGGUCGCUUCCUCGGCAACAUCAUCACCGACACAGCCGCCUUCAAGACAUGGUGGACAAACGUCGCCGCACAGUACAAAGACAACGAGCUUGUCGUCUUCGACACAAACAACGAGUACCACGACAUGGACCAGCAACUCGUCUUCAACCUCAACCAAGCCGCUAUCGAUGGUGUACGUGCUGCCGGUGCAAAGAAACAGUACAUUACCCCCGAGGGAAACAGCUGGACUGGCGCAUGGACAUGGAUUAGUUCUGGUAACGGCGCUAGUAUGGUGAACUUGAAAGAUCCAGAGAACAAGCUUGUGUACCAAAUGCACCAGUACCUCGAUACCGACGGCUCUGGUACUUCCGCCAACUGUGUCAGCGCUACAAUCUUCAAGGAGAGACUCCAGGCUGCGACGAAAUGGCUCAAGGAUAAUAAGAAGCAAGGUGUCAUCGGCGAAUUUGCAGGAGGCAACAAUGCUCAGUGUAUCUCUGCGCUGCAAGACGGAUUGAAGUAUAUGGGUGCAAACAGCGAUGUUUGGCUUGGAGGUAUCUGGUGGGCUGCUGGCCCGUGGUGGGGUGAUUAUAUUUACAACAUGGAGCCUACUAGUGGUGUCGCCUGGACGGGUAUCUUGCCCAAAAUCAAGAGCUACUUUGUGUAG